CCUCUGUUUCGGAUGACUGUAGUGACGUGGAGCCACUCAGCAUCCAACCAGCACCAUUUCUGCCUUGGGUCGGCCGAGUGGUCCCCAGGGCAGAAAUGAAGCCUGCAGCUCCCGUGAAAGAAGGUUUUCCGCAGUGGAGUGACCUUUGGUUUACGGUGGAACCGAAGGCAUCUCGUGAGGAGUCCACACCUCCUCCCGCAAAUCCACAGCCUCCAACAGGGGUCCUCUCCUCCCCUCCUCCUGCACCUGCUCCACACCCUGCAGCAGGAGUCCUCUCCUCCCCUCCUCCUGCACCUGCUCCACACCCUGCAGCAGGAGUCCUCUCCUCCCCUCCUCCUGCACCUGCUCCACAGCCUCCAGCAGGGGUCCUCUCCUCCGCUCCACCUGUACCUGCUCCACAGCCUCCAACAGGGGUCCUCUCCUCCCCUCCUCCUGCACCUGCUCCACAGCCUCCAGCAGGGGUCCUCUCCUCCGCUCCACCUGUACCUGCUCCACAGCCUCCAACAGGGGUCCUCUCCUCCCCUCCUCCUGCACCUGCUCCACAGCCUCCAGCAGGGGUCCUCUCCUCCCCUCCUCCUGCACCUGCUCCACAGCCUGCAGCAGGGGUCCUCUCCUCCCCUCCACCUGUACCUGCUCCACAGCCUCCAACAGGGGUCCUCUCCUCCCCUCCUCCUGCACCUGCUCCACAGCCUCCAGCAGGGGUCCUCUCCUCCCCUCCUCCUGCACCUGCUCCACAGCCUGCAGCAGGGGUCCUCUCCUCCGCUCCACCUGUACCUGCUCCACAGCCUCCAACAGGGGUCCUCUCCUCCCCUCCUCCUGCACCUGCUCCACAGCCUCCAGCAGGGGUCCUCUCCUCCCCUCCUCCUGCACCUGCUCCACAGCCUGCAGCAGGGGUCCUCUCCUCCCCUCCUCCUGCACCUGCUCCACAGCCUCCAGCUGCAGUUGCACCUCCUCAGCCCCAGGCGCCUCCGUCCUCUCAGCAAAACAACACAGACGCUGUGGAGGACAUGGAGGUUGAGGACGGUUCAUCUUCUCAACCUUCACCUCCAGAUGGCUUGGCAACUCCGGUUGCGCCUCCUCAACCUCCGCCUCCGUCCUCUCAGCAAAAUACCGCUGACGCUGUUGAGGGCAUGGAGGUUGAUGGUUCAUCUUCUCAACCUUCACCUCCAUAUGGCUUGGCAACUCCGGUUGCGCCUCCUCAACCUCCGCCUCCGUCCUCUCUGCAAAAUAUCACAGACGCUCUGAAGGACAUGAAGGUUGAGGACAGUUCCUUAUCUCAACCUUCACCUUCACAUGGUUCGUCGGCCGCAGUUGCACCUCCUCCAGCAGGGGUCCUUUCCUUCCCUCCUCCUGCACCUGCUCCACAGCCUCCAGCAGCAGUUGCACCUCCUCAACCUCCGCCUUCGUCCUCUCAGCAAAACAACACAGACGCUGUGGAGAACAUGGAGGUUGAGGACGGUUCAUCUUCUCAACAUUCACCUCCACAUGGUCUAUCAGCCGCAGUUGCGCCUCCUCAGCCCCAUACGCCUCCUCCAGCAGGGGUCCUCUCCUCCCCUCCUCCUGCACCUGCUCCACGGCCUCCAGCUGCAGUUGCACCUCCUCUGCCCCGGGCACCUCUGUCCUCUCUGCAAAAUAUCGCAGACGCUUUGCAGGACAUGAAGCUUGAGGACCGUUCAUCUUCUCAACCUUCACCUCCAUAUGGCUUGGCAACUCCGGUUGCGCCUCCUCAACCUCCGCCUUCGUCCUCUCAGCAAAAUAUCGCAGACGCUUUGCAGGACAUGAAGCUUGAGGACCGUUCAUCUUCUCAACUUCCACCUCCUCCGUCCAGGAAGCGUCGGGCUCCAUCUCCUCAACAGCAAAAUAAUGGAGUCAGAGAUGAGAUGGAGCCAAAGCCAAAGAGGGCCAAACUCUGCUUAACAGCAAGCGAUCUUAAAGCUCAACCUUCAUCUCCCAGUGGUCUUUCGGCCGCAUUUGCGCCUCCUCAGCCCCAAACGCCUCCGUCGUCUCAACUUUCACCUCCUCAAGAUCAAACGCCUCCUCUUGCGCCUCCUUCUCUACCUCCGUCCAGGAAGCGUCGGGCUCCAUCUCCUCUACAGCAAAAUAAUGGAGUCAGAGAUGAGAUGGAGCCAAAGCCAAAAAAGGCCAGACUGUUUGGGCCAUUGGAUGAGGUCACGCCUCCUCAGGCUCCCUCAUCUUCUCAGCAAAAUAAAGCAGACGCUGGGGAGGUGGACUCUUCUUCUGUUUCUCAUCAGCCAAUCCAGCAAGUGCCUCCAACCGUCUCUCCUCCUCCUCAGCGUCGCUGUCUAAAGCGUCCGGCUCCUUGUACUGCUCAGGAAGCAUCUGAAGACAUGGUCUCCCCGAUCAAGAAACCCAGACUUGGAUUGAUUAAAAAAAUAUCAAGAAGAGGAGCCCCAACCAGACCUCCUCAAACCCCACCCCCAUAUGGAGAAAAUAAAUAAAAAUAUUUUUUUAUGAAACAGAGAUUAGUGCAGAAAACAAACAUUAUUUGUGACACAUUCAUUAUGGUUAUUUAUUGUGACAAACUUAAAUGUAAUUUAAAUGUAAUCAGGUUUUACCAACAUUUCCAUCACCCACUAGAAACCAAGCUUACUGUAAACCUUAUAAGACAAAGACCCAAGUUAGGUUGAAAUCACUGGGAGAGAAACUUCACUUAAUUCUUAUAGUAACACUAAGCAGGACAGAUCACAGAUGAGUUCAAGCAGUAAACUGUAAACUAACUUAAAAUCAAUUCAAGAUCUUUACAUCUUCUAACAAUCUGAAUACAAUCUUAAAAGAUCAGAAGGUUUAAAAACGUCUCCCUACAGCUUAUGACGUAUAAUAUAUGAGAUAUUUCUGACUGGAGCAUAACACUUAUUUUUAUUAUAAGCAAACAUUAAAGUUUAUUGGUUAUGACAUGGACGACUAAUGAAAACUUGACCGUAAAUCAUUUCUGAAGAGUUUGUUUUUAAUAAACACAGUAAAUAAUCUUUUAUUUAAUAUGUAAAGGUGAAAACAUCUGUAAGGUUUACACUGUAAGAGAGAUCUGUAUCUGAAGUGUUGACUGUUAAUGUUUGUAUAUAGCACAUGAUUCACAUUGUUUUCUUUAUCACAUUGCAUGCAGGGAUCUUGAUGGCCACAUAAAGGAGGUGACUUAUAAAGCAGCACAAUAUUUUAUUCAUCUGUUUCAGAGGUAAGUCAUUUUAUUAAAAAUGUUACAUUGUAAAGUCACUGUUUUAUUAUUAUGAGUCAUUUGAAAUGAUAAACAUCCAGUGAUGCUCUGAAUGAACUGAGAUUUAUUCAUAAAAACAUUAACACACAGUGUUUCUGCUCAUCUCAUGUUAUUCUUGAUAGAGUAGUAUUGCAUCCUUUAUCUCUGAAGAGUCUUUAGUUGUAUCAGAUUUAUAAAAGACAGAUCAGCUGAACCCCUGGAGGUGAACCGCAGACGGAGCGAGUCAAGAGUUUAGUUAAUGACACUAAGCUUCAUGGGACGUCUGCGCAUGCGUGCACUUAUGAUGAGGGUUCAGCAGGCGUGGAAGCACAUAUUAUAAUGUUAAAGCAGUUUUAUUACAUUUACAGUUGCAAAUAUCGAUUGAUGUCUAUCUCUGUCUAAGAAAAUGUAUUUUUUUAUUAUUUGAAAAUAAAAUAUUUUUUAAUAAAAUUUAUUGUUAUGUGAUUUGUUAUUGGACUAAAUAUUGUACAUAAUUUUGUUAAUUAUUAAUAUAUCUUCAAGUAUCAGUGGAUGAAUAAAUUUAACACAAGUUACA